AUGGAUGUCAUACGGAGCAACCUACAACCGCUCACUCGUGCGAUUCCUACCCCAAUUGCUGAAUUUGGUGUCUCCCUCAUCGGUCCGGACUGCUACAAAACCCUCGUCCUAGACAUCGAUCUGAGUGCUACGCAAUGCCUCAAAUUGGGUCUUUCUAAAGGUCUCGGUUUCGGUAUUGUCGCUGCGUCAGGCGUCAUCAAAGUCCCUCAAAUCCUCAAGCUAUUAAAUUCCCAGUCCGCCUCAGGCGUGUCCUUGCUCUCCUACUUCCUCGAAACAGCCUCGUUUGUCGUCACACUCGCCUACAGCGCUCGCAAUGGCUUCCCGUUCAGCACAUACGGGGAGACCGCUCUCAUUGCAGCACAGAACGUUGUCAUAUGUCUGCUGGUCUUGAAAUACCAAGGGCAGACCGCUGCCGCCGGAGCAUUUCUUGGGGGAUUGGCGACGGCAGGAUGGGCACUGCAGAAUGAUAACGUGGUCGAUAUGAAGAUGCUGUCGCUCAUACAGGCUGGUGCUGGCGCAUUAGGGGUUGUCAGCAAGCUACCCCAGAUCAUCACGAUCUGGAGUGAGGGUGGCACGGGGCAACUGAGUGCUUUUGCCGUCUUCAAUUAUCUUCUAGGCUCACUCACGAGAAUUUUCACUACCCUCCAAGAGGUCGACGACAAAGUGAUCUUGUAUGGAUUCAUUGCAGGAUUCUUGUUGAAUGGUGUGCUGGCAGCGCAGAUGGUUUAUUACUGGAGAAGCCCAGCAACGGCUCAUCAUGGAAGUGCUGUCGAAAUUCUCGACACCGUACCCACCGCGAAAUCAACUGGUGCAUCUACGGGCAAAUCUAGAGGUCCUACGACCCGGAGAAGGGGAUAG